GAUUUUUUCCACACCUAUAAACAUAUUUUUUGGACUCACAUUCGACCAGGCACGCCCGUAUGAUAGAUUUACUCCUAGUACAAUAGUUGGUAAUAAUAAAGGUGGGUACAUGCAAUGCAAGCUAAGAAUUUAUAUUGUCCACAAAAGAAAGCCCCCACCAUAUAUUAAUAAUAGUUAUUCAAGUUGCAUAAAAGUAGAGUGACCUCCUUUGGUUCCUCCAACAUUAAACCAAACUGCUCUAGUCCCAACUCAAUUCUUUGUUAACUUUUCCUACUCUUAAUUGCAUGCAAGCACAACUCAAUCAAAUACUCUAAUCUUGUCCAAGGCAAUUUAAAAAGCAGUGAAACAAAAUGAUGAAUACAGCAUCAAGCUUGAACCCUCGACGACGCUCUCUUGCUAUGGAAAGAUCUGGCAAUCUUGCUAUGGAAAGGACUGGCCAAUGGGUAUUCUCUCAGGAUAUUCCCACUGAUAUCAUUGUAGAAGUUGGAGAAGCUACUUUUUCCCUUCAUAAGUUCAUGCUAGUGGCAAAGAGCAACUACAUAAGGAGAUUAAUACUCGAGUCCAAGGAAUCCGAUCUAGCCAAAAUCGACCUGUCGGACAUCCCUGGUGGAGCUGAAAUAUUUGAGAAGGCCGCAAAAUUCUGCUACGGAGUAAACUUUGAGAUAACAGUUCAUAAUGUAGUAGCUUUGCGAUGUGCAGCAGAGUAUCUACAGAUGACUGACAAGUUUUGUGACAACAAUCUUGCUAGUCGCACAGAGGAUUUCCUGUCUCAAGUAGCCUUGACUAAUCUAUCUGGUGCUGUCAUUGUUUUGAAGACUUGUGAAGCUCUUCUUCCUUUUUCACUCGAACUCAAUAUUGUUCAGAGAAGUGUUGACGUCAUCAGCGUUAAGGCAUGCAGUGAAGCUACAUUUCCUAGCCGUAACCCUCCAAACUGGUGGACGGACGAGCUAUCCAUCCUCGACAUAGCUUCCUUCCAGAAAGUCAUUACAGCCAUGAAGUCGCGUGGGGCCAAGACUCUAUCCGUGGCCAGCGCGAUCAUCACAUAUGCUGAACGAUCCCUAAGAGAUUUAGUUCGCGAUCACUCAGGAAACGGAAUCAAAUCCUUCGAUUCUGCCCACUCUGAACUAAGAAUCCGACAAAGAGAUGUUCUAGAAUCUAUCAUAGCUAUCUUACCCUCUGAGAAAGCUGCAUUCCCUAUAAACUUCUUGUGUUCUCUUCUUAGAUGUGCAAUAUUCCUAAAAGCAUCGACGAGCUGCAAGAACGAGCUCGAGAAGAGGAUUUCUGCAAUCUUAGAACAUGUCACGGUUGAUGAUCUUUUGGUUUUGUCUUUCACUUAUGAUGGGGAAAGUCUAUUUGAUCUUGAGAGUGUAAGAAGGGUAAUAUCAGGAUUUGUUAGUAAGGAAAAGAGUGUGGAUGUUUUCAAUGGAGGUAACUUUAGGGAGGUUUGCUCUGUUGCUAUGCAUAGAGUUGCUAAGACUGUUGAUACUUAUCUUAGUGAGAUUGCUACUUAUGCUGCACUAAGUAUAUCCAAGUUCAAUGGGAUUGCUAAUCUUGUUCCUAAGGAUGCUAGGAGGACUGAUGAUGAUCUCUAUAGAGCAAUUGAUAUCUAUUUGAAGACUCAUCCAAAUCUAGACGAGAUUGAAAGAGAGAAAGUAUGCAGUUCAAUGGACCCAUUAAAACUCUCGUACGAAGCUCGAGUACACGCCUCUCAAAAUAAGCGACUCCCAGUCCAAAUUGUGUUACACGCCCUCUACUAUGAUCAACUAAAACUCAGAAGUGGGGCCAAUGAAAAUAGCUUACCAGAAGCAGUAACAACAAGAGGUCAAGUAAAUGCUGAUGUGUCCUUAGUAAAAGAGAAUGAGGCCUUAAGAUCUGAACUUAUGAAGAUGAAGAUGUACAUUACUGAUUUACAUAAAAAUAAUCAAGCAACUACAUCCACUAAAACUAGCUCAAGUUCUAGUAUGCCUAAGAAAACAUUUUUCUCUUCAAUGUCCAAGACAUUAGGUAAGUUAAACCCUUUUAAACAUGGGUCUAAGGAUACUUCACAUUUGGAUGAUGGAGUUGAUCUUACUAAGCCUAGGAGAAGAAGGUUCUCAAUUUCUUAAGGAGAUUUAUUUAUUAUUGCUAUUAUUGUUGUCAUUAUUAUUAUUAUUAUUAUUAUUAUUAUUAUUAUUAUUAUUAUUAUUAUUAUUAUUAUUAUUAGUGGUAUAAUUACAUUAAUUAGUGACUAGUUACUAUAUAUAUGUAAUACUCCUAUAUAAUCAACAUUUUAGUUUGGAUUUGUUUGUAAAAUUAAAUUAAGUGUAGGUGUGAAUUGUAAUUGAUGUUAAGUUGUUUUUGUUAAGCUGUAAUCCCUCUUAGUGGAGUGAAAUGCUAUGAUUUGUGUUUGAUAUAUGUUACUUCUUGUGUAUAGUUUUGUUGGGUGAUUGAAUGUAGACUUGAUAUAUACUCCCAUUAUUCUUUAAAUUAAUUUCUUCCCUUUAAUGUUUUUUCUUGUCUUGUGUAUAGAUGGAUAAAUGAUUGCCUUCAAUGUUUUCCCCUCUUUUUUAUUUUAGGCCUUUGCAUGAAUACAAAUAUUGCAAAAAACUUGAAGUGGCGGAUUUAUUAUGU